AUAUAAAUCACACUCCCUACAUUAAAGCACUAUAAUCCUUCAUGAAAAAAAUCAAAGAGCAAAGUCUGUCAUCGAUCCAUUCAGAAGGCACCCGAAAAUCAGAGAGAGCAGCAUCUUAGCCAAUCAGGAGGGAUCUCUGAGAUAUAAUUCAUUUUCAUUGGUUCUAGAGAUUGUCCGAAAAGGUCGAAGAAGGUCGCAUUUGUAGAGGUUAGACACUGUGCAAUAUGAGUGGAGCAAUGUGAAUUUGAUUUAAAACACCCCGGUAGUAUAUAGUGAUUAAAGCCACCAGUUUUACGUAUACUUUUAUCAAUGAGCAACGCUUCGUAAAUGAUGUACCCCGAAAGGUAUUUUAGCUACAGAGGACUUUUCAUGAGAGUUUGAAACGUUAAUUCUGAAAUAUUUCUAUUGAAUUUUUAAUGUGUUCAUCAUACCAGGAUUUGGAAUUUUCACAAUGUGGACUGAAACUCGAAUUUCACUAGGACAUUGUUAAAAUAUCUUAUUUCCCUUGACGAAGAUAUGAAAGAACUCGAACUUGCUAUUUGCUUGAACUUUGUAAACUUUGAAUAAAUAAAAGUGCAAUGUGAAAAAAAGUGGGGAUCUGUCUUUUAAAGUUUACUUUGUAAACAGUGAUAAAAUGCCUUCGAUUAGAAAGACGAUAAUAUUUUCAUCGUCAAUCGCGUUAUGGAAAUUCCUCUACGUUGCUGGAUUAGUUCCGUACAUCACGGACAAUAGUUCCGAACGGCUGAACCUAGAUGAUGGGAAAUGGGUGGGGACGGAGACGUCCCGAGAGACCUUAUGGGCUGAGGCCGCUUUCGCGCAUUUGAAAAAAUUAAACUGUAGUGAUAUUUUUUUUACUUCUUCGAGAGAAUGUCAACGUCUCUUACUCGUGCCUAAGAAUUCCUAUAUAGUGCAUGUAGCCCCAUUUUCGCCUAGAGGGGAAUAUGACGUUUUAUUGCCCGAUGAGAAAUUGACACGACGAAAUACACACGAGGGGGUACUAGUGUUCGACCCGUACCCCCUCGCAAACUUUGGACAUCUUGUUAUAGUAUUUGUGGUGGACAUCCGAAGUAGAUUCAAAUGUGCUCAUAAAAAGGGGAUCUACAUUGAUUCUACAGGGGAUUGCUUGACAUUUGCAUUGAAAAAGAGAUGUAAGAACGCCAUUAAAAGAAAUAGUAAACGGAAGCACUGGGCGCGGCGCUGUGAGAUCAACUUCCUUCCGGUUGUUCACAUUCGGAAGUCCUCUAAAGCAAAGACAGAAGACACCAAAUACAACUAUCUUAAGUGUUGGAAGGGUAUUAAGGGUUUUGGACAGUGCCCCGUUCUGAGACCUGAAAAUGAGACAAAAGAUCUUAUUUGUAACCCCCUACGGGACAACACAAAGAGAUGUUCCACUACACAUGAAACAGUGCAUACAAGUUGCAGAGUGUUUGAAAUCUGUGACCAGGCAGUCAUGCUGUCAGGGGGCUGGAAUCGAGAAACAAGUAGUGUUCGAUUCAAAAGUAAUUUAGCGGAAUUCUACGUCAUGCUACGAAACUAUGGCUUCAAAAAGCGAAAUAUCAAGAUCUUUUACGCCAAUGGAGCAUCAAACUUUAACAUUCCCGGUGAGCAUGCGCACCAGGUACAUCCAGCUGCCAUGAAGUAUGCCUUCCGGUACCACCUUCAGAAGCUCUGUCGAGUCCCGCAUUGUGUGAAUUCCUUGGUUGUAUAUCUGAACAGUCCAGCCAAGAACGACGGAACAAGUCUUCUCUGGGACGUCGAUAAUAAUGGACUUGCAGACAAGUCUGAGGAAUACACCAUUAGAGAGCUGAAGGAGGACCUGGCUUUAUGUGCUGCUAACUACGUCCAUCUAAUCGUGGACCAGAGCUUUUCCGGAGACAUCGCCGACGCCUUUAAGAACUCCAAACGUCAUCGGAACGUCAUCGUUUUUGCCAGUGGCGACAAUAAUGAAUAUGCAUAUGAUGAUGAAUAUUCACGUCAGUGGACUAGAUCCAAUCACACGCACCAAUGCACGUGGACCAUACACGAGCAUAGCAAAAAUGCUAUAAAACAUUCCACACCUGAAGUAAAGGAGGGAGAGAGAGGCGAGGUUCGUACCACGAUUUUCGGGGCCCCCUGUAACGUCUAUCCUCCUUUCACGGCCAAAGAGCUCAAACAAGACUACCUGGGCUGCCAGGCUCUGCCCACGGCACUGUGGAUUAAGAAACUGCUCUCGUCAUCCGAGGAGACGGAAUUUGGACGAGAUUAUGCAAAUGAGCCUUGGGCGUGAUGUUUCGAAUCAUACGUUAUAAUGUUCCAGUAUAAAAGAAAAAUGAAUCUAAUUUAUAUAUUGUUUGUUAUACAAUGACUUUUUCAUGUUGGCGAAUAUUGGAAGGCUGCUUCGCAAGAGAAAAAAUCAAGACUUUUAACAUGAACUGGAUUCAUGUUAAUUAAUUAUUGUACAUAAGAUUUUUUUAUAUAAAUAUUUGAUGUACAAAACAUUGUGAUAAGUGAUUUUCUUGUUACAUUUGAUCUCUCUGUAAUUUGUGAGAGAGAUUUUUCGUCGUAAAAGUACACAAGUGUUUUAUAAGCCUUGUCAAUCAUGCAGUAACGAUGUACCUUUUCUGAAAAAAAUACUGCCGAUUGACAAAGACUACUCUUGAAACAUUGUGCAUUGUGUACGUUAUCAAAUGUGAUUCUUCAUUCAAAAAUAUUUUGUGAUUAUAACUUUUUAAAAAGAGAUUGACAAUUGUCAUUCCCUUUUGAAUUUUUUUUUUCUCCUGACAUUUAUGGAGAAAUAAUGUUUUUAUCAUAAUUUUAAAAUGUUUAACAAUAGAUAUUUAAGUUGCUAAGACAAAUACAUGUAAGCAUAUGUACAUCUACAAAGUUGUUCAAAACCCUUCAAUAUAGUAUGAACGUUUACCCCAAAACAAUUUUCUGAAAAUAUUUUAUUCAAUAUUUGGAAUUAUUGCACUGGUUUACCAAAGAAAGUAUGUAUUAAAUGCUUAUUAUUUAUUAAAUUAUUGGAUGAUAAAUUUU